UGUUAUACAGGUUGUAUAAAUCAAAAUAUUAUGAGGCGAAAAGCAGCCUGAGAAACUCUGCUCAGGGAAGCAGUUUCAGAAGCUUCUACGGUGGCCGUUGAGCAUCACAAUAAACUACAAUAUGUGGAACAAUAAAGUUAGCAUGAUGCUAACACAUUAACUGUUGACUUGUUCCACGCGGCUAUAUAUGUUAGAUAUGUGUGUUAUAAGAACAUUUUAAUUUAAGCGAACCACUGACCAAAGUUAACACAUCUGGCUGCUGUUACCAGCUGAGCUGCGCUACGCUUCCAUAAAGUCUGAGAUGGAAGGAAACCAGUUGGAUCCUUCAGAAGUGGAGCGAGCCAAAUCCUUCUGGGCCGAGGGGGACGUGGACCAGGUGUUCAGUGGGGUGUUUGAGUACCUGGGUAACCUGAAGAAGGUCCUGAAGAACAACACGGCCUCUGAUAAAGAGUACGUUCAGGGCCUGAAGCUGCUGGAUAGCCUCAAAGGACCUCCGGCCUCCUCUCAGGAACCUUCUGUGGUCCAGGUGGUCAUCGGCUCAGAUGAGCCACUACCGGCCAAGUUCUCCCACCUUAACCCCUCCACCUCUUCCUCCACCACCCCCCCCUCCAACGGGACGUCCUGCUCAGCAGCCCCCCCUUCAUCCCGAGAGGAGCUGCUUCCCCCUCUGACCCCCGUCCAGCUGCAGUACGAACCCCACCUCUGCUGCAAGGCCUGCCUGCCCUGCUUACCCAUAAUGCCUCAGUGCACCCCUGCCUUCUGGGGUCAGAACCCCCUCAAGGUGCCGCUGCUCUGCGGCUUCAAGAGGCUGAGCGCCGUGCCGCUGAUGAUGUCACUGAGAGGAAGCCACGAGGGGGCGGAGCCGCCCGGCUCGGCGGAGGAGGGGGAUUGGGACGUCCUCUACAAAGCGCCAUGUGGGCAGAGCCUCCGUAACCACGACGACGUGAUGCGUUUCCUUUUGGCCACGGAGAGCUACGACGUCCUGCAGGUGGAGUUCUUCACCUUUAACCCCUUGGUCCAGCUGGACCCGCCUGCUCCGACGGGCCCCCGCUGCCCGCUGAUGGACCUGAGCCGCGGCCUAGAGAACACGCCGGUGCAGCUGUGCGUCGGGGACGGCGGCGCUCGCCCCCCCGAGUUCCGCUACAGGAAGGACCGCUGGCCGCACGGCUGCUUCCUGUCCCGCGGCCCGACGCUGUUCCAGGUUUGCUGCGACUGCAGCGACGGAUGCAGCGACGCGCAACGCUGCGCCUGCGCCGCUGCCACUGCGGGGGGGCGGCGCUACCGCUACCACCGCCUGCCAGAGUCUGUCCCCUCAGGCGUGUACGAGUGCGGACCCUGGUGUGGCUGCGUCCGGACCCGCUGUCAGAACCGGCUGGUCCAGAGAGGGAUCCGGGUCCGCCUCCAGGUCUUCCAGACCGAGGGCAGAGGCUGGGGCGUGUGUUGCCGUGACGACCUGGACCGCGGCACAGGAGGAGCCUUGAGCUGGUGCCUCCUCACCUUCAUCUUCUGAGGUCUAUCCUCACCUGGUUGUGAAGGACAGGUAUGUAUGUAUAUACACACACACACACACACACUUCGCAGCUUUUAUUUUGAAAUCCCCAGGCGGCUCUUGUUGUGAAACUCCGCCCCGGAAGUCGCGUGUUGUUUACAUAUGUCCUUGU